UUAAACAAGCAUAUUACACUAAGGCUACUUAUUUAACUCCCGCUGGAAACGAACUAUUUCAACAACAAAAAAUCCGAACAAGCGGUUUUACAAACAAACAGUGCGAGCAGGAAGUGUGUUGGUUGGGACUGGAGCUAUGAUUGCGGACAUGGAGGAGCAGGAAGACGAACUGCUCGCCUUCCAUAGCAUUUUUGAUUCGGAGGAGUUCGUCCAGGAUGAGUCGAAGUCUGCCGGAGAAAUCCGAGUAUCUGUUGAGCUGCCUGCAGACUUCACUGUGGUUCUGAAAGAAGGCGAAACACUGAGGCAAUAUGUCAUAUCAUUCCUCCCACCUCUGCUUCUGACCUUUGAACUCCCUGAGGAUUACCCAUCCUGCUCCCCUCCCUCCUUCACCCUCACCUGCAGCUGGCUGACACACACACAGCUCUCUGCACUGAGUGCUCAGCUCACUGAUCUCUACCAGGCCACCGGGGGCGCUGUGGUGCUCUUCUCCUGGGUACAGUUUCUUAAAGAAGAUGCCCUUAGGUUCCUGGACAUCCAUACUCUGCUGGAGCUCCCCUCUGAUGAACACACCACCGAGUACUCAUUAAAUGCUGCACCCUCAGAGCCAAAGAACAAUCAACACACUCCAAAGUCAGGACCCACAGAAAGUUGUGAUGUCUCAGACCCGAACAUAUCUGCACCAUCCUUGAUUCUUGCUGAUGGCCAUGAUCCUUCAGCCGCAGACUCUCAGGGAGCUGUGGCAUUGAUCCAAAACACUUCUAAUGAUUCUAUCCAAAUUGCACCUGCCUCAGACGUGAGGAAGGCUGAACAGAUUUCAGAGUUUACAGCUGACUGCCAGAAUGAACUGUCCGAUCAAAGAGUCCAGGAAGAUUUCUUAAAAGAAGUGGAUGUUUCAGCCUCAUUAUUACUUCCCUCUAGCUCCUCAGACCCGCUAGAUCUAAGUGAACAAGGAGCUGCUUCUCUGCCAAUCCACCCCAGAGAAUCCCCUCAGAAUGAAGACCAAACGCUCUCUGGUCUCUCCCUAACUCCGUCACAAACUCUCCUCUCCCAGCUGUUGAUCUAUAACGCGUCCCAGAAACGGAAAGCUUUUGCCACCACGGUGUUUGACUGUGGCGUGUGUUUUGAGGGCUGGCUCGGCUCGGACUGUGUGCAGUUGCCCGAGUGUGGUCACAUCUUCUGCCAGGGCUGUCUCGCCAAGUUCUGCAAGCUCCAGAUAAUGGAGGGGAAUGUCCGGAGUGUCAUCUGUCCUGAGGCAGACUGCUCUGCCACCCCUACACCUGCACAGGUGAAGAGUCUGGUAGGGGAGGAGCUGUUCAGCCGCUAUGAUCGUCUCCUGCUACAGUCAACUCUGGACUGCAUGCCUGAUGUGGUGUACUGCCCUCGGCCUUCCUGUGGUUCGGCCGUCAUUGUGGAGAAGUCCAGCAGUGCAGCCCUGUGCUCUGUGUGCGGCUUUGCCUUCUGUGUCACCUGCAGGAAAACUUACCAUGGAACAGAUGAAUGUCGGGCAAAGAGGAACAUGAAAAUACAUGAACUACAGGAAGUCAAUGCAGACCUGCCACAGUCACAAGAGGGGUUGAUGGCUCUCUGGGACGACUAUGCCAGUGGAAGUAAGGAGAGGCAGCGUUUGCUGGAGAUCAGAUACGGCCGCAGUACAAUGCGGGGCACUGUGGAAAACUGUCUGAGUGAAGACUGGGUGACCUUCAACAGCAAGAACUGUCCUCACUGCUUCUGCAGAAUACAGAAGGACAGAGGAUGUAACAUAAUGACGUGCUCUCAGUGCAGACAGUUGUUCUGCUGGGCCUGCCUCACCAGACUGGGAACACAUCGUGCAGGCAGUAAUCACUUUGAGGGGUCUGCCUGCUCUCUCUACCAAUACUAUCCGGUAUAGUGCUUUGGCUACCUUUGCCGCCAGCCAAAUGUUGCCUAUGGUAUAUGCUGUGUUCAAAACACUUUGGUUUUUAAGUGCACUUUAGACAAAUACUUGACAAUGCACAUAAAUGCUGAUUUUCAAAAGACAAACAUGUAUAAUAAUGUGGAGCAUGUUGCCAAUAUUUACCAUCUCAACACAGUCUGAAUGGUGUCAGUGGUGGAAGAAAUAUAAAUACUAUAAUUAUUCGAUUAGAAUUAUUUAUGCAUUAAUGUGUAAGCAUCAAUAAUGUUGCAUCUGGUAACGUGGGGGAUAAUGUUAACUACUCUACUAUAUACUGCAGGGUACAAUAAUCUAUCAAACCUACUUCAACACUAUACUUAAAUACAAUACUGCACUACAUGUACUGGAACAUGUACACUGAAAACAUUAUAGGAUGUAUGGUAUUUUGCUACAGAGGGGCCAACAAAGUCAUUUAGUCACAAUUCAUACAAAAAAGCCAAAAAUAUUUUGUUAAUUAAAAAUUAAAGUGAUACAUUUAUAUUAGGGCUGUCGAAUUAGCGCGUUCAUUUCUAUUAAUUAAUCACAGAA